CCAGUCCGGGAUUCUACAAACUGAUUACAGGAAAUUGAACACUAACACCCCACCACUGACAGCUGCCAUCCUGAGCACAACCCCCAUUGUGACAGCAUUACAGGCUCUGACAUCACUCGGCUGUUCUCAGCAGCAGGCUAUAACUUCACAGCAGCAAGUGCCACUGUUCCACAGCUCCCAAUGUGGUUGUCACGGGCAGUGCACAUGGGCAACAGCAGCUUUCUUCUGGGCCUCAGCAUCCUGAUCCUGGCUGCUGGGGCCAUCCUGCUUGCCAUCAGCCGUCGCAGACGAAGUCGCCUGUGGCCAUGGGGCCCACUUGGUUCCAGCACUGGUGGUGCCUGUCCCCAGAAAGGUGACUGUGCCACACUGCUGUGCCCACAGGGUGAUGGCCAGGGCAAGCAACAGCGCAGAUGGAGGCGGCGAUUUCGGGCAGCAGAGCCAUGUAACGCUGUGUCCCCCCUGUGCGGGCCCUGGCGCUGCAGGCCCGGCUGCACCGACUGCAUCAAGGCUGCGCAGGAGCUGCAGGAGCUGGUGCUGUCAGCGUGGGCUGGGAGAGGAGCUGCAGCCGCUCUGGAUGCUGGCACGUGGCAGGCGCUAUGGCAGGACCUGGAGGAGCUGGUGGAGCAGGGAGAGCUGAGCUGCUGCGGCUCCCCCAGUUACCCCGAGAGCAUCAGUCCCUCCAAGAACCUGACAGCAACGCUCCUGACUCGAGAUGGAGGAGCCCCUAUGGAGGUGAGGUCUGUUUGCUCCCUCGACCACACGUGUGCUGGCAGAGUCUCUUCAGCCCUGAAGAUGCACGUGGCUCAGAAAGCCCUGGAGAUAGAGCUGGGGGCCCUGCCCGUGCCGGUGCCGGUGCAGCAGUCCCAGGAGCAAGCAGCACAGCAGCAGGGCUGCUUCCAUGUCCUGGCAUUGUUCAAGGCCAGGCUGGACAGAGCCUUGGGUGGCAUGGUCUAGUGUGAGGUGUC